AAAGGAAAAAUAAAAAGAAAGCUAGGAAUUGAAGUUGGGCUAUUACAAAAAGGAUAAGAGAAUGAAAAAUCGCUUCUGUUAUUGUUGACACAGUUUAGUUGUGAGUAGAGAAAGAAAAAGAGAAAUGGCAUCAAAGGCAAAUUCCAAUAGGUGGUCUCUUCAAGGCAUGACUGCACUUGUUACUGGUGGAACCAAAGGAAUCGGGCAUGCUAUUGUGGAGGAGCUAGCACAGUUAGGGGCUGCUGUGCAUACUUGUUCUAGAAAUGAGUCUGAGCUUAAUGAAUGCCUGCAACAAUGGACUGCAAAGGGACUUCAAGUUACUGGUUCAAUCUGUGAUAUGGUUUCUUCUGCACAGAGACAAAAUCUCAUCACUAAAGUUUCCUCAGUCUUUCAUGGAAAACUCAAUAUCCUUGUAAACAAUGUAGGGACAACUAUAAAGAAACAAACUGAGGAAUAUACAGCAGAAGAUUUCUCAUUUUUUAUUAGCACAAAUCUAGAAUCUGCAUAUCACAUGAGCCAACUUGCAUAUCCUCUUUUAAAAGCUUCAGAAGCUGCGAGCAUCAUUUUCAUAUCUUCCAUGGCCGGUGUGGUAUCUUUAAAUGUGGGAUCCCUAUAUAGUGCAACAAAAGGAGCAAUGAACCAACUCACCAAGAACUUGGCAUGUGAGUGGGCGAAAGAUAAUAUAAGGACUAAUUGUGUUGCACCAGGCAUUACUAAGACACCCCUCGGUGAUCGGUUUUGUUAUUAUUCUUAUAGCAGCUCCUUGAAGAUAAAAAGUUACAAGAGGAUUUCAUUAGAGGAAUACCUUUGAAACGAAUUGGGAACCCAAAUGAGACAUCUUCUGUGGUGCCGUUCCUUUGCUUGCCAGCAGCCUCCUACAUAACAGGACAAAUUAUUUGUGUUGAUGGAGGAUUCACUGCAUUUGGUUUGUGAAUUUUGAGAAAUCUUGGAGGCAAAAUUUACAAAUCACCAUGAAUUGAUCCAUAGUUGUUGUAUUUAUUUAUAUCAAAUGAUUCGGCCUUGGACAUAAAAUAAGCGAAGCGAUAUAAAUUACCAUUACCAUAUUAAGUUGGGAUAAAAUUUUAUAACAAAAUAAAAAAACAUUGUCUUUUCUGUUGUUGGAAUAUUAGAGUAUUACCAUGUGAUUAGUGUUAAUCACAUUAGUUAGUUUUGGACCCUAAGUUCUAUAUAAAAGGUGUCUUAUUGUGUUUAGAGGAUAUGGGGUUGAAAUCCUACCUUAAGAGGGAGGUUAACUUGGUCCUCACACAUGGUUAUUAGUACCCAAAUGGGUUGAUUAGUUUUGUAAUCCUUCAAGUGAAGGAAUGUUUUGUAAUUAUUGUUGUUGAUUAAUUAAAAAAGGUUUUCAUCAA